GGCAUGCCGUGCGGGGUCGGGGCUGGGUCGGGCUUUUGGUGUGGUUCUGGUUACCAUGGCUACCCCGAGAGUUCCAUCUAGUGAGGGGAGAGGGACAGAGAUGCGUGGCCUGAAAGAUGAGCAUGCGAUGGGAUUGCUGUAAGAUCUCACUGCGGGCACCUCCUCUGGACUAUUCCUUCCGAGGCAUCAGCUUCAUCCAAGACCUGCUGACAGAGGAGCCCCGGGCUGGCCUCAAGGUGAUCAAGCGCUCGGCCGGGGGGAAGCUGCUGACCCAGGCUGUGCGCCUGAAUAACAACACCAUCAAUGAGCUGACCGACUUCACCUCCACCAUGGAGCAGCUGCUGGAGUACCCCGACGAGCUCUCCUGGGUCGACCUCUCCUUCAACGACUUGCCUACUAUCGACCCGGUGCUGACUACAUAUCCCCAGCUCCGGGCCCUCAACCUGCACGGGAACAGCAUCCAGAGCCUCAGUGAGGUGGACAAGCUGGCCGUCCUGCCGUGCCUGCGCACAUUGACCCUGCACGGAAACCCCAUCGAGGAGGAGAAAGGCUACAGGAGUUAUGUGCUGUCUGUGCUGCCCCAGCUGAAGUCCUUUGAUUUCAGUGGCGUGACGAAGCAGGACCGCUCCACCGCCACCAUCUGGAGACGUAUGAACGUCAAACCCAAGAAGGUCAAGAAAAGGCAGGACGACUACUGAGGGGACAGGGCCUUUGAGGGACGGGAUGAAGCAGCAGCUGCACCAUUCAACGGGGCCCAGUGCCAUGGCCUGUGGGGGCGGAAAGCCCGCGUGUUCGCUUAGGAAUAAAGGCUUAGAGCUCUGUGGGGUAGGACGAUGAAUCGCUACGAGGGAUGGGGCUUGGUCAUCACUGGAAACGGACAGGGAGGGCUGCCAUGGCAGCGGGCUGGGUACACGCCUGCCAUUGUUGGCACGGAGGGUCUGUGCUCAGCUCGCUCCACCAGCUUCUCCUGAGGGGCUGAGAAGUGCCCCUCCUCCUCUCCAGUGAUUGGCAGGCAGCUGGUGGGGAAGAAAUGGGGCCCUGGGCCUCCAGGAGGCGUCUGACACUAAGACCCGGUUGUGCCCCCAGCACUGGAUGAGCUGGCCUUGCCACGCUGGGCUCCUUUAAGAUGUUCCAGCCCCCUCCCCGCCCAGCCAGCUCCUGCUGAGGCUGCCAGCGAGAGUCCACCUGUGGUCAGGGGGUGCUAGCGAUCCCACGCCGGCUGCUUCCUUCUCAGCACCGCUCCCAGAGGCUCGGGCCCUUGGCUUGCUCACGGGGUUUCUCUACGGCUGGACUGUAAAGUGCAACCCCCGGUGCCCAGCACAUCAAACCCAAAGCCAGCCAGGCAGGAGCAAGGUCACAGAACUGUCCCAGCAGAGCCCCCAGCUAGAGCCCAGGGGCAAAGAGAGGGGUCCCUACCCGGGGAGGCAAACAGCUCAAAGUGCUACAUACAACAGGACUGUCCAUCUUCCACGCCACCUGCCUCCCUUGGCCCCAGCAGGCAGGCUCUGCAGCGUGAGCCCAGUCGCUCCUGCGGGCACUGACCUCAUCAUGCGCUCAGCCCACCUCCAAACGCUCGGUCUCCUUACUAACAAGCAGAGGAGGCAGUCGUCCAGGUAGGGAUGGGAUGAGCCUGAAGGCCCCUGGCUCCUUUGUGGGAAGAAAGCUGGUAAGUGACUGUCCCACGUGACCAUUUGAUUGAUCAUGGGCUCCCAUCAGUCAUGAGGCCUGCAGCUUCUAAGGCUACUCUGCCCUGCCCCCUGGGCUUUAGUGUUUAAUGCUCAGAGUCAUUCCCAGCUGAGCCAGCCAGGUUUCCCUUGUGCCACAGGGUCCUGAGCUAGUCGUGUCAUCCCCAUGCAAGUCCCUGCCUGCCACUGUCAUCACUUCCCCAAGAGGCUUCUAGCACAACUGCUCCAGCCCCUUUCUUCACUCCCUCCUCCCCCACAACAGGAAAUUGUCACUUCGCCCUUUGUCUUCCCAGAGGCAGAGUUUGCCCAGAGGCAAAUCAGAAGCUCGGCUGAUAAGAGGCAAAGCAUGUUCGAGCCAGCCCAGGCAUGGGUGCCGCUAGGGUAGAGUGGCAAUCCGAUCCCUAAAGAAAAGGAGGACUUGUGGCACCUUAGAGACUAACCAAUUCAUUUGAGCAAAGCUUUCGUGAGCUACAGCUCACUUCAUCGGAUGAAGUGAGCUGUAGCUCACGAAAGCUUUGCUCAAAUAGUCUCUAAGGUGCCACAAGUACUGCUUUUCUUUUUGCGAAUACAGACUAACACGGCUGUUACUCUGAAUCCAAUCCCUGACCGUUAACUGAUAGUGCAUGCCCAGUGGGCUAGGUGAGGGCCUGGGACUAGCACUGGUUCCGUGCUGUCAGACCCAUUCCCCUCCCAGACACAUCUUCCCCCACCUCCAGCUGUUCAUUGUCCCUACUGCUUCCCCAAGGCCACUUCAGUGACUAGAGAGGCUUCGGUAAGGCCCCAAUUGGGUAGAUACUAUCUGGCCCAGGAGCUCCCUUCUCCGAGAAGUACAGUGUGGGGAGGGAGCCAGGGUUCCAUCUGUGGCUAGUUCUACACUGGAUCUGGCAUAGUUGAGAGCAACCUCAGGGCUGCUCUAAGUGACACCAGCCUCUAACCAUGCCAAAGGAGCCAUUGGCCACGCAAGGGAGGGGUGUAGCACAGCACCUGCCUGGCUCCCCUCUGCCCUGGGGCAAAGUGGCACACAACCUGCUUCUCCACCCCUGAAGGCUCUCCCACCUGCAGGGACAUGCAGCCCAGCAGAUGUGCCUUGCUGAAGACAGUGUCUCCUCAGACUGAGAAAAAAACGGUGGCAAAGGGGUGAAAUUCAGCCUGGCAAGGCUGCACCGCCCUCUCCCAGCUCUCCUUUAACACAAGCCCCUGCCCCCACAUUCCCUGUGCUUGCCUAGGGGCUGCAGUGCACUUAAGACCCAAGCAGCUGCCAGCCUUGCUAAAGCAGAAGUUUAAGACAACCCCUUUAGUGAUGAUAUGGGGGAGGGGGGGGGGGGGGGGGAGAGAGAGAGAGAGUUGUGAUCCUCUCCCUAAAGACCCUAAUGUGUUAAUGCUGCUGAGCCAGCCACCCAAAACCAUGGCUGCCUGGGAUGCUCAGGCCAGCUCCACAAACCAGAGUGACUGGGGGUGGCAAUCACCCUGCAUCAGUCCUUCCCCUUGUGCCUGGAAAUCCCCAUCCCUUGGCCGUAGGAACAGGAAUGAACUCAACCAGCUGUGCCAGGAGCAGGUGGUAGAGACGCUCCGGGGUUAAUGGUCUGAGGGGUCCUUGCCCCAGUUUUGCUGGCGCACUAUUAAACACGUCAACUCUU